AUGUGGCGUUAUAGUUGUACGGUGGUGCUGCUUUGCACGAUUGCGCUUGGAACAGACGUUGUGAAUGCGUUGAAUUCUCGUUUACCUGUAGUGCUCUUCGGCAGACCUGUUGGAGGCUUCCUUAAUGUAUGUUUCAUGCCUAAUGUUUCUUUUAUGCCGCAAAAAUGCGAGACCUCAAAGCAUUCGGAAUGCGGAUGGAACGAUUCGUAA